UAUCAAGCUUUGGUGUAUGUGUUGGCCAGUUCUGAAAUUCUUGAGAGUGUUCUGCAUUGAAGAAAAUCAAAGCCUCAUAGGAAUGGACCGUUUGGGUUCCUUUAGCAAUGAUCCCUCUGAUAAACCACCUUGCCGAGGCUGCUCCUCCUACCUCAUGGAGCCAUAUAUCAAGUGUGCUGAAUGUGGACCGCCUCCUUUUUUUCUCUGCUUGCAGUGUUUUACCCGAGGAUUUGAAUACAAGAAACAUCAAAGUGAUCAUACUUACGAAAUAAUGACCUCAGAUUUUCCUGUUCUUGAUCCCAGCUGGACUGCUCAGGAAGAAAUGGCUCUUUUAGAAGCCGUCAUGGACUGUGGCUUUGGAAAUUGGCAGGAUGUAGCCAAUCAAAUGUCUACCAAGACCAAAGAGGAGUGUGAGAAGCACUACAUGAAGCAUUUCAUCAAUAACCCUCUGUUUGCUUCUACCUUGCUGAACCUGAAACAAGCAGAGGAAGCAAAAGCUGCAGACACAGCUAUCCCAUUUCAUUCCACAGAUGAUCCUCCUCGUCCUGCUUUUGACUCUGUGCUUUCCCAGGACAUGGCAGGAUAUAUGCCAGCUCGAGCAGACUUCAUCGAGGAAUUUGACAAUUAUGCAGAAUGGGACUUGAGAGAUAUCGAUUUUGUUGAAGAUGACUCAGAUAUUUUACAUGCUCUGAAGAUGGCUGUGGUAGACAUCUACCAUUCCAGGUUAAAGGAGAGACAGAGGCGGAAAAAAAUUAUAAGAGACCAUGGACUAAUCAACCUUAGAAAGUUUCAAUUAAUGGAACGGCGGUACCCCAAGGAGGUUCAAGACCUUUAUGAAACAAUGAGGCGAUUUGCAAGGAUUGUAGGUCCAGUGGAGCAUGACAAGUUCAUUGAAAGCCAUGCAUUGGAAUUUGAACUCCGAAAGGAAAUCAAGAGGCUCCAGGAAUACAGGACAGCAGGCAUUACCAAUUUUUGUAGUGCCAGAACUUACGAUCACCUGAAGAAGACCCGAGAGGAAGAGCGCCUGAAACGCACCAUGCUCUCGGAAGUUCUCCAGUACAUCCAGGACAGUAGUGCCUGCCAGCAGUGGCUCCGCCGGCAAGCUGACAUUGAUUCCGGCUUGAGUCCUGUUCCUAUGACUUCUAAUUCAGGUAGACGAAGUGCACCACCCUUGAACCUUACUGGCCUCCCUGGCACAGAGAAGCUGAAUGAAAAAGAAAAGGAGCUUUGUCAGAUGGUGAGGCUGGUCCCUGGAGCCUAUUUAGAAUACAAAUCCGCUCUGUUGAACGAAUGUAACAAGCAAGGAGGCUUGAGACUGGCACAGGCAAGAGCACUGAUCAAGAUAGACGUGAACAAAACCCGGAAAAUCUAUGACUUCCUCAUCCGAGAAGGAUACAUCACUAAAGCCUGAGGCACUAAGGACUUGGGAUCAGAAAUCACAAGUUUGGAAUGUGGUGUGAUGAAGGACAGUAUGGGCAUUCUGGAGAGUUUUGAUUUCUUGCUGAAUUCUCAUUGUAUAAAGAGAAGCAGGACAAAGGAAA